AUGCAUCCCUGGGCAUUGGAUCCUGAUAACUGCUUUGCAUUUGCAUGCUUUCGUGCAAAGUUACAGAAAGGGGGCGCAAGAUACGGAGCAGCAAGCAUGCGUUGUCCGUGCGUUCAAAUAGGCAUAAGUCCAAGAAGUAUCGAAAACACUAUUGGGGGCGAGGGGCUGUUUCUAUCGCUGAGUUACGCAGAGAUAGCACAAGGGAAUUGCAGGGCAUGGGAGGUGAAUGACGAAGUCCAAAGCAAGCAUGCAAAAUGCAAACUCAGAGCGGCAAAAAUUCCCGGUGCUCUCGACGUGUUAUGCCGCUAUUCCCUGGCGCCGGCAGAGGGUGAAUUUCAUGUAUUUUGUUCUACAGCAAAAAAUAUUUCAUUUCGCAGUCAUCUGAAUGGUGCCACCGCCUGCGGGACUGUGCGUGUUGAGAAGAAAGGCCGAGUGCCAGCCAACUUUAACCUUGCCCGCUUGUCAUCGAGCAUUGCCGCUUCCUGCAGCAGCCUCCUCACCGCUGCCCCGAGGAUAACGCGUGCAGUUUUGUUGGUGCCUGGCCUGAUCUCCCUUCCUUCCGGCAGAAACUGCUCGCUUUCCACGAGUUCUCGGGAGGGAAGAGCGCCGUCUGCCAGUAGGGUCCAGCCGAACGGCGGCAGCGGCAGCCGUGUGGGAGCUUGCAAUUGCGGGGUACACCUUCGCCGCUCCCCCAUAAGAAGCGGCAGAGCUCAUGGGGGUCCUAUUCAUUUCACCGCGGCUUUGGUUGUGCUGAGAGGACCGCGUCGGGAGUCGCAUUCAGAGUCAUCUGCUCGCGCUGCCCGAGCUGUUUUAGGACCAGCGGCUGCGGCUGCUGCUGCACUAAUGGCUGUUUUCGGGGAGGGGGGCGGCUCACCCUCGCACUCUGGUGGUUUGCUCGAGAGAAGCAACAGCGCAGGGGAGGGUAUCCGAUCUAUGCCCAACAGCUCGCCUCUCAGUCCUUCUCCAAUCUUGCGAAAGUCUGGCAGCCUAACGCCUGCGCAGUCGGCGUCUGCGAGCGCCGCUGCUGCCGCUGCUGCUGCCGUCCGUAGUAGCAACGGCAACGGCCGUGAUGACGAUCGUCGGCGGGAGUUUCAGCGCGUCAAAACGGUGUCUUUCGCCAACUUGGAAAAUGUGACGGACGGGGAUCUGCUACAGGGUGCAGCGGCAGGAGAGCUCCCCCCUUCCUUGCAGAAUGACGGUGCUGUUUCUUCGCCUCUGGAGGCCCCUAUAUUGUGCGGAGUCGAGCUCGACGGAGGAGAAUUGCUUGUAAUGGAUGACGAUACAGAUCAUCCCAGUGUGAGCGAAGCGUCAGGUGCUUAUGGUCAAUACACGCAUAGCUACAGCAGCACUAGCAACACCUCCUUGUACGUGCCUCUGGGAACCCGCCUCGGAUACGCCUGCUGGUGUGCCUGCUGCACGCGGAUCUGCAGCCUGUGCAAGAAACUUAGUCCUAGCAGCGAUCUGGCAUUUCACACGAAGGAAGACUUGAUGCAGGAGCAGCUGCACAGCAAGCGGCAGGCACGGCUCUUGAGCCGCAGCAGCACCAUGAGCAGCGCUAGCGGGGUGUGUCGGAGCAAUAGCCUGCGGGGUAGCUCGAACUCCGCUGAAAAAUUGAUGCGGGCUUUCCCUCUUGUAUUCAUCAAUAAAGAACUCGAAGAGCUUUUCGCCUUGAACGUAAAUCACUGGAUGCGUAUUCGGCUCAUACCGAUGUGCUUGCUCCUCCUCGUCCUCACCUUCGCCAUGUGGCCCCUCCUCGCGUGGAGUUUUGAUCAACAAACAACCUUCGAUCACACCAGCACGAUUGGGAUCAUGUUCAACAGCGCUAUGGCUGUCACCGUAGUCACGUCCAUCGCGCUCGGAUUUUCAGGCUUUUGUACAGCCACCAGAAACUAUGCCGAGCACCUGACGAGCAUCGCAUUGCUGCUCCUGGUAACGAUGUGGGGUGUAUGGAAUAGUAUGGCAAGUUACCUCUUGGAGAGCCAAGCCGAGCAUGCCAAUGACUUUCGAUCUACCGAAGAGAGUACUGCCCUAGAAGCCUGCACGGCCAUGAGUUAUUUGUACGGGCUCUUGCCUGUAGUCCUAAUUGAUGUUGUCUUACCAUCCAGGACCAAGUACUCAUGGCUAAUCCACGUUUCGUUCUUCGGCACGAGUGCUGCCUCGAUUGAUACGCGGCGACGAGUCGAUCGCCUUGAGUCAGAUUUAAAGCGUCAGCGUUCUCGGGGGGGUGUAUCUACAUCUGUAGAGCAGUUGGUGCACUUGGUGAAGCAGAUGCAGGAGUCCAAUCAAUUAGCCUUAGCGGCCGCAGCGGACGGCUUGCGCCCAGACUUGCGCUCACAGCUGCAGGAGAGCAAGACCAUGCUGCAGCAGUGCCUCUCAAUUUUAUGCACGACAACGAAUUUGUACGCCGUAAACUUUGGUCCCCUCGACAACGUUGAGCACAUGGACAUUAUCCGAUCUCUCUUGAAUGACAAGAACGCCCUCCCGAAAGACUGGGUGCGCGCGCGCGACUCCCUGCCUUCAUCACUCACGCAGUCGGAGACAGGGCCUAGGCGGGAGUCUAAUGGCGAACAAACGCGCAACAACAGCGCUCCUGCCGGCGGAAAGACCGUUGUCUCCGCUGGAGAGCGAUUACCCUCUGUCCCCCCGCCUCAAGCCUCCGAAAAGAGACCGCUGGGAGGAGCAGCAGUGUGUGUAGCCGAGGAAAUUCCAAUGGCUACGGGCAGGCGCGCCGUUGGUGCUGAAGCAGGGAAACUCUUGCAACAAGGCGUCCAACUGCUACCUCUUCCCCGUAGCCGUCGUGGAUCGCACGCUGCAGAGGAAACGCCCUUUAGCAAACCUCCGGAAGAAGGCGCUGAGAAAAACAGCACCAGGAGCUCUGUGUUCUCCGACAUGCUACAGAGACCUCGCAGAGUCAGUAGGGCGACUCACGAGCGGAUUACUGCUGGAGAGGACAAACUCCUCAAGGUUGCGUACUUGUUCAGUCCGACGCCAACCGGGGGUUCGAACGCGACGGGGGCUCCUUCCGAAUGGAAAUUCGACAUGUUGGCAUACGGAAGAGAGACAGGAGCGCCUCUCCCCGAGCUAGGCUUUCUUCUGUUAAGUCCCUUCUGCUUGGAAUCUGGCUUGUGCUCUGAACAAACCCUCGCCAAGUUUCUUAAGGCCGUCGACAAGCACUAUCUCUGCGUUCCCUACCACAACGCUCUCCAUGGGCUUAUGGUCGCUCAGAAGACAUACGCAUUGCUGAAUCUGGUUUCUCUAGUCAAGAGCCGCCAAGCACGCGAUAUGGCGCUUAUCAUUGUUGCAGGUCUGUGCCACGACAUCGGGCAUCCUGGUCGAAACAACGCUUUGUUUUCGAACGCGAUGGAACCCUUGGCGCUGUUAUACAACGAUCGCGCCGUGCUCGAGAACUACCACGCGUGUCUCACCUUCAAGACUCUGGAAAAGCAGGACUGUGACAUCUUCGUUACCCUCAAGACGCGAGAAUACUUGAUGGUGCGAACGCAAAUCAUCGAACUCAUUCUAGCUACCGACAUGAAGGGACACUUCGAGACUGUCUCGCGCUUUCGGGUACGCCGAAGUGCGCCAGAUUUUGAUUUAUUUUCUGAAGACGACUUCUGGUUUUUAGUUAGAAUGUUUAUUAAGGCGUCCGACAUCUCCCACUGCGGCGUGGAAUGGGGGCAGCAUUUCGAGUGGUGUCAAAGAGUCCUCAACGAAUUCUAUGAUCAGGGCGACGAAGAACGGCUGCGGUGUCUGCCGAUUUCCCCCCUCUGUGACAGGGAGAAACAUGGGGACGCGGCAAAGAGCCAAAUGGGUUUUAUAAAUUUUGUAGCAAAGCCGCUCUUCGACGAACUUGCGGCCGUUGAUAUUAGCGGCACUGUUGAAAAGGAGGUCAUGACGAAUCUCAGGUCUAACGCGUCGCGUUGGGAGGCGCUUAGUAAUGCAGGUGUUGUAAUCCCGCUGUUUUUGGAUCAGUGGCCUGCAUCUCUGCUGACCUCAAGUUCUUUUCCGCCGUUAACGACUGCAGCGAUCGCAUCUGCUGCCGCUACUACCGCCGCGAACGCAGCUGCGCCUACAGGGUCCAAGGUGCAGCUGAUUAACCAAAAGAUAAAGCUGCAAAAGUCAGCUGAAGGCGUCAACGUUACGAAGAUAGACCUGCGGUCGCUGCUGUCGCAGGGUGAAGCAGGGCGGCAUCGACACAGCACUGCAGCUGCUCCUGCUGCUGCUGCAGCUCGAGCGGCUGCAGCCGCCAGCUUGAGGUCACUCGCUCGCGUGCCAGGAAAGGCAGCAGACACUGAAAACGGGGGAACACGAAACUCUAGAGGCGCUCGCAACAGCCCCUCCACGGCGCGACCAGCAGAUAAUACCUUUGUUGCCGCCGCUGCUCUUGCUGCUUCCACUGCUGCUGAGUCUACCGUUGCGCGUGCCGCUUGUGUAGAGGCAGCAACGGCCCCUCCAGAUGCUAAUGCCACAUCCCGCUGCCCUUGCCGCUGCUGCCGCAUGCGACGUUGCGCAGCAGGACGCUUGGGGGCGUCUUGGAAAGCUCCAAAUGCGGGUGCUAGCGCUGCAAAAAAGCCUAGGAAAAAACAUCGCACCACGAACAGAAAAGCAAUGCCUCUCAAAGGCCUCAAUCGCUUCGCCACACACAGCGCAAUACCCCUCCCUCUGCUCUCCCCCUCCUUCCCGUCCCCCCUGUCUUCGCCCCGCAAAAAUAAUCAGGAUCGGCCUCCAGGGAAUAUUCCGCCUUCCGAUGCGGCUCUGUCAAACGUCGCACCUUCCCAAGAGAGCCGCGCUGGCCGCUCUCCCCCCACCGCUUCAUCCCCGCUAGGGAGCCUCGAGAGCCUCAGGGAGCUAUUCCCCCCCCCCGUGCCUACGGGGCGGCACAACAAAAGCUCUCGCGCUGUACUAACAAGGCCGUCGACAUCGGCAGACACCAGAACGUCCUGCACGAAAAUCACAAACGCAAAGCUUCCGCAGCACGGGCAUGAAGGCAAGGCAGCAAGGGCCGCCUGCCCUUCUCUGUGCGCUCGCGCGCCAGGAUAG